AUGGAGAGGCGGUGUUGCGUGGAGGCUAAGUCCUUUAUGUUUACGGUGGUAGAAGGAGCCUUUGUGGUGAGAUUGGAAGAAAGGAGGGGGAAUUUCUCAGGGAUGAUUUUGCUUGGUGCUCACAUGGUUGGUUGGCUAGUUUCAACGGUGGAGAGUAUGUUGUGGUGUCCGGGGGAAAAGGAUUUCCUUAGGUCCUUCAGGGAGGGGUCUAAGGUGCUUAUUGUUAGACGAGGGGGCAAUGUAGCUGGAAGAUUUCUUGAAGUGGCAGUGUAUGCUGUGGGUGGCCGGAGAGGGGUUAUUUACUUCCCUGAAGGUUUUGAGGGACGGGGGUGGAGAAAAAUUGUUCUUGAGUUGGGUAAGGUUAGUGCUUUCCUCAAAAUCCCGGAUGGGCAGGGUUUGUCUCCUCUGGCUUCAACCACAGAGAAGUUAAGCUUAGAUGGUAUUGAAAAUUUUAAAGUUUCUGCCCCUGCUGUCCAAGCCGUCUCUCCCGUCUAUCAUGGAGGGUCCUCCUUCGCCGAUGUUCUGCGUAGGGGUGCUAAUGGUCUGGAGGUGGAGAAGAAGAUGCCUCUUCCUGUGGCUCCGGUAGAGGUGAAGCGCCGUGAUCCUUUGGUGAAGGAGAAGAAGCUGUUUCAAUCAGAGAAACCAUUGGGCAAGGACCGGUGUGACCGUUGUGGCGCUGAUUACGUGAAGGAAGGGUCGAAUGUCAGUCGACUGCAUGAAAAUUCUGAUUCUCGAGGCAUGGAUGAUAGAUAUUUCGGUGUCUCUUGUGCAGACCGUCAGCUGUCAGGGGUGGAACACACGUUUCCCUCUCUCCUGUUGUGGAAAUGCCAGCUGGAAAAGUUGAAGGAGGACGUGGACAAGGCUCUUAACAGAGUUUGUGAGGGGCUUUAUUCGUUUGGGCCUGGCUGUAAGUCCAAGCGGUUUGGGCGGAAGAACAGCAACAAGAAUAAGAAGAGGAGGCUGCGUUGGGCUCCGGUAGCUCAGAAGCCCAGAGAUGACCCGUUAGUUGCAGUGCGUCCUGACGUGGGUCCUUCGUCGGCGUCGGGUGAUGGUGGGUCAGAGACAGUUCCGGCCGUUUCUGAGCUUUCCGGUGGGGUGUGUCCUGCAGUGCGUCCUGACGUGGGUCCUUCGUCGGCGUCGGGUGAUGGUGGGUCAGAGACAGUUCCGGCCGUUUCUGAGCUUUCCGGUGGGGUGUGUCCUGCAGUGCGUCCUGACGUGGGUCCUUCAUCGGCGUCGGGUUAUGGUGGGUCAGAGACAGUUCCAGCCGUUUCUGAGCUUUCCGGUGGCGUGUGUCCGUCGUCAUUCUCGUCUGUUCCUUCUGUUUCGGAAUUUCAGUCCCCCAAACCUGGGCGAAAUCCUCUGCCUGAUUUCGGGACAACGGCUCAGGAGGUUGGAGUGGGUUCGCAUGGGUCGAUGGCCUUUUCUUCGGUGAGUCCAGGGCCUUUCGUUGGCUCGGCUUCUUCCAGUGAUAUGGCUAGCUUGGCAUCUCAACCAGAACUGAAUACUGGGUUUGCGCAGUCAGUGCCCAGUAUGGAGACCAACCUUGCUGUGUUUGAAUCUUCAAUGCAUGUAGACGGUGAGCAGGCUGUCGGGGCUGGUUUAGACCAUUCGGACACCUUGGUUGCUGCGGUGCUUUCUCCCUCUAAAUCUGCGCUGGUUUCUGACCCAUUUCCUCAUAAGUCUGCUGCUUUGAGGGUUUGGAAGGGGCUGGAUAUGGUCCCGGUUUUGGAGGCUGAGGGAGCUUUUUCUGGGGGUAUUCCUUGUGAGCAGGAGGGUUCAAUUGAGCUUGUCGUUGCUCAAUCUGCGCUCUGUUCUGCUUUUGUGGAGGGUGGUGUAGGCGAUGAGGUGGAGGAUUUGGGCCCGAUAUCGGUUUUGCCUUUGGCAGUGGAGAUGGACGAGGAUUCCAGUUCGAUUGUGUCUCCUAGAUGGGUGAUGGAGAAGGUGAAGGGUUACUACAAACUAAUAGGAGUGUCAUGUGAUCAAUUUGAAGACAAACUGUUGGCUUUGUUCGAACUAAUCGAAGCCAAGCGGGACCAAUCGUUGGCAAGGGUUUCCUCAGUAUCAGGAGUGAAAGGUCAAAGGGAAAUUAAGCGGCUGGAUUGUUCCAUAAACUAUGACAAGAAAGGGGUUCAAUCGGGAUUAAAUGAGCUAGACAAGAGAUUGCGUAUUAAAGGGCUCAUCAGAGAUUGGAAGGCUGAUUUGGUGUGUUUGAUGGAGACAAAAAUGGAAGUCAUUUCUAGAGAGGUGGUUCGAAGUUUAUGGGGUUGUCAACAUGUGGAUUGGUGUUAUAUGAGGGCUUGUGGGGCGUCAGGUGGGAUUCUAAUUAUGUGGGAUAGGAGGGUUGUGGAGAAAGUGGAUGAAUGCGUGGGGCGGUAUACUUUAGCUGUUUCGUUGCGUAACGUUAAUGAUAACUUUUUGUGGGCGUUUGGGGGUGUGUAUGGGCCUAAUGAUGAUGGGGAGAGGAGGGUGCUGUGGGAUGAGAUGGCUGGUUUGAUGAGUUGGUGGGAUAGGCCGUGGUGUUUUGGGGGAGAUUUCAAUGUGGUGCGGUUUCCAAGUGAGCGUUCUGGAGUUGGUGGUUUUUCUGUUGCUAUGGAAGAGUUCUCGGAGUUCAUUCAGGGGCAGUGUUUGGUGGAUCUUCCUCUCAAAGGAGGGCAGUUCACCUGGUCCAAUAAUCAGGUUUGGUCUAAAAUUGAUAGGUUUCUGUUAUCACCGGAGUGGGAAGAACAUUUCCCGGAUGUGUCACAAAGUCGUUUGCCUCGGCUUUUUUCGGACCAUUUUCCCUUGAUGUUGGAUUGUGGAGUGCAUAGAGAAGGGAAAGGAUAUUUCAAAUUUGAAAACAUGUGGCUCAAAUCCGAUGGUUUUGUAGAUCUUGUGCAUCGUUGGUGGGAGUCUUAUGAUUUUCAAGGUCUACCAAGUUUUGUGCUGGCUAAUAAGUUGAAAGCUUUAAAGGUAGAUUUGAAGAAAUGGAAUGCGGAGGUUUUUGGUGAUGUGAGGAAGAAGAAGAAGGAACUAUUGGAAGGUAUUAAAGAGUUGGAGUGUUUUGAAGAAGAUCGGGGGUUAGUGGAGGAGGAGAGGGUUCAGAAGUCAGACAUGAUCAGAGAGAUGGAAAAAACACUCCUGUGCGAGGAGAUUAAUUGGAGGCAAAAAUCUCGGGCUCUGUGGCUAAAGGAAGGGGAUAAUAAUACUAAAUUUUUUCAUAGGGUGGCUAAUUCCCAUCGGAGGCACAAUCAUGUGGGAGUCUUGAGGAUAAAUGGGGCUCUGUCUUCUGAUCCGUUGGAAAUUAAGGAGCAUAUUGUGAAUUAUUAUGACUCUCUUUACACCGAGCAGAGUUCGUGGCGGCCUAGGGUGGAUGGGAUUUCUUUCUCCUCCAUUGAUGCGGAUGAGUGCCUCCGGUUAGAACGAGGCUUUGAGGAGCAGGAGGUGUGGGAGGUGGUGCGAGAGAUGAAUGGGGAUAAGGCUCCGGGUCCAGAUGGUUUUUCUAUGGCGUUCUUUCAGCAAUGUUGGGGGGUUCUCAAAAAAGAUAUUAUGGGGGUUUUUUCAGAAUUUCAUAAUAGUUGCCAGUUCGAGAAGAGCUUGAAUGCUACUUUUGUUUCCCUUAUUCCUAAGAAGGCUGAUGCGAUGGAAGUUAAGGAUUUUAGGCCUAUUAGUUUGGUGGGAGGGGUCUAUAAAAUUAUCUCUAAGGUCCUUGCUAACAGGCUUAAAUCAGUGUUGGGAAAAAUUAUCUCGAGUUCUCAGAAUGCUUUUAUUGGUGGAAGGCAAAUCUUGGACUCAGUUCUUAUUGCCAAUGAAUGUUUGGAUAGUCAGAUACGGUCAGGGGAGGCUGGGUUAUUAUGCAAACUGGAUUUGGAGAAAGCUUAUGAUCACGUGAAUUGGGAUUUCCUUCUUUACAUGCUUCAGAGAUGUGGGUUUGGGGAGAGGUGGAGGGAUUGGAUUAAAUGUUGCAUUUCUACAGUAAAAUUUUUCAUAUUGAUUAAUGGUACCCCUCAUGGUUUCUUUCAGAGUUCGCGGGGGAUUAGGCAAGGUGAUCCUCUUUCUCCUUUGCUGUUUGUGGUGGUUAUGGAAGCGCUUAGCAGGAUGUUUUAUGCGUCUAUGCAUCAAGGCUUGCUGUCAGGUUUCUCUGUGGGCAUUAGGGGUAAUGAAGCUUUAGUGGUGAAUCACUUAUUGUUUGCGGAUGAUACCUUAAUUUUCUGUGGAGCACAAGCCGAGCACGUUCGAAAUUUGAGGUGUACCUUCUUAUGUUUCGAAGCGGUGUCAGGGUUGAGGAUCAAUUUAGGCAAAUCCGAAUUGGUCCCUGUUGGCGAGGUGGAAGAUGUGGAGUCUUUGGCACAUAUUCUGGGGUGUAGAAUUGGGUCUUUGCCGAUGACCUAUUUGGGUAUGCCGUUGGGAGCGUCUUUCAAAUCUAUUUCUAUUUGGAAUGGGGUUAUUGAGAAGGUGGAACGAAGGUUGGCUAGUUGGAAGAAACUUUAUUUAUCCAAGGGAGCUAAAAAGCUGGAGCAGCUUCAAAGGAAUUUUCUCUGGAAUGGUAUGGGUGAUGAGACUAAAUUUCAUUUAGUCAAUUGGCAUCGUAUUUGUCUUCCAAUUAAGGCUGGUGGACUAGGAGUUCGUAAUGUUAUUAAUUUCAAUCAAGCCUUAUUGGGGAAAUGGAUCUGGAGGUUUUCUCAGGAGCGCGAUGCUUUGUGGAGAUCGGUUAUUGAGGUGAAGUAUGGGAGUGUGAGGGGAGGUUGGUGUUCUUUACCGGUGACAGGGCCUUAUGGUGUCAGUGUUUGGAAGUUUAUUCGUAAGGGGUGGGAUAAUGUUGCCAAGUUUUUGCGUUAUGAGGUGGGUGAUGGGUCCCAUAUUCGCUUUUGGCAUGAUCUAUGGUGUGGGGACAGGCCUCUCAAGCUCUGUUUUCCAACUUUGUUUACCAUUGCGCGUUCUCCUGAUGCUUGGGUGGUGGAUAAUUUGUCUAUGGUUCGAGGUGUGGCUCAUUGGAAUGUUCUCUUUACGCGCAAUGCUCAGGAUUGGGAGUUGGAGAUGGUGAUGUCCUUUUUCGAACAGUUAUACUCUACUCGGGUUCGGCAUGGGGAGGUUGAUAGGGCGGUGUGGAUUCUUUCCAAGAGGAGGAAUUUUGAAGUGAAGACCUUCUAUAAAGCUUUAGUUUGUCACGAGACGGCUUCUUUUCCUUGGAAGGGUAUAUGGCGUGUUAAAGCUCCGAAGCGGGUUGCGUUCUUUGUAUGGACAGCAGCUUUAGGGAAGAUUUUAACUCAUGACAACUUACGAAGGCGUGGAAUUGUGGUGGUCGAGUGGUGUGUUAUGUGUAAAAAGCAUGGGGAAUCCGUUGAUCACCUUCUUCUCCAUUGUGACGUGGCUCGAGUUGUUUGGAGUUUUUUUUAUGGUUUGUUUGGGGUGGAGUGGGUUAUGCCUAGGAGCGUAUUGGACUUAUUGAGUGCUUGGGGUACUUUGCUGGGUCGUGGUCCUGCUCACCGUGUUUGGAAGCAGGUUCCUCUUUGUGUUUUGUGGGGCUUGUGGCGGGAGAGAAAUUCUAGGCUUUUUGAGGAUGUGGAGGUUCAGGCUGGGGCUCUUUGUAGAAUUAUGCUUAAUAUGUUGUUUUUUUGGGUGUCGGCGAAUGGCAUGGGUAGUAUGUCGUACGCUGAUUUUUUACUUUCUUGUUCGUUUCGGUCCUCUAAUUAGGGGCUCCUUUGUAUACUCCCUGUGUACUAGGGUUGCGCCCCUCUGCGCUCUUUAAUGAAUUCUUACUUAUCAAAAAAAAAAUAA